UGAUUAAAAAUUAAUAUUUAAUUUUAAAAGUAUAAAAAUAACUAAUAAUUAAAUAUUCAGAAUUUGCCAUAAAAAGUAAGUUAGGCGCCAAGUUAUAGGCACCAUAGAAUUCACCAAAUAUAAAACUCAUUCCAUAUGAAUUUUACACCUCAUCUAAUAAUAAAUGAGAAACUAUUUACUCAAUAUACAGAAUGAAACAACAACAAUAACAAAGUUUUAUCCCACCAUUGGCUAGAUAUGUAGAAUAAAACGAAUACACCAAAUAUUUUUCUAAAAAAAAUUGUUAUUUGUGGGCCUAAACAAUGUAAGAUGCGUUUUUAUUUUCUAUUUUCAUUUUUAGUGUUUUUUAUUUUUAAAAUUUUGUGAAAGAAGAAAAAGAUAGUAAAAACAAUAAAAAUUUUGUUUUCUUUUUUUACCCCUUAUUUUUUCUAAUUUUUUUAUAUAAAAUUCUGAAACAGAUAAUAUUGAAAAUAAAAAUAAAAAGUAAAGCGAAAACCAAACUUCCGAAUUGUACUGACUUGAGGAUUAGUGAAAUUUUUUACUCUAAAUGAGCCAAAGUGCAUCCUUAUCUAUAUAAUUAACCAAACAUUAGAUGUUAUCUUAUGAAUGAGUACAUAAGAGUAAAUAACAAGUGUCGGGGAAGUAAAGAAUUACCCAGCUCGAUCAUUUUGAGCAGUUCAUUUCAUGUCAUCCCUGGCAUGGUAUCAUCUGUCAUCAUCAGAUUAACCUUUCCACUCUGCCACCAUAACCAAUCAAACUAUGCAAAGGAUCCAACCUACAAUUCCAACUGACUAGCAUUUCAAAAGAGAAGGAGUUAAAGAAUCUAAAUGCAGAACUUUAAGCCAGGGGAGCUCUUAUCACAGUCUAAGCUAAAUACUUAACCACUCUAAUUCCAUUCUCCACUACCAUCACUGAUAAAUAUCAAAAUUAAUUCACUUUACAAUCUCGUAUUCAGCCUCAAAUAAAUAGAGACCUUCUCAUUCUGUGGAUCUGUAAAGUCAUUUGCAACAAAUACAUGGACAAAAUUCUGAAUCUCAACCUAACUACAUGUAGGCUCCUUCUUCAAGCCACUGCCUUUCAUUAUCUUUCUAACUUUUGCAACAUCCUUCCACCUACCCGCUGAGGCAUAUAUAUUGGCAAGCAAUAUAUGUGUCCCUGAAUAAGAAGGUUCAAGCUCAAAUAUUUGUUCAGCAGCAUAGGCACCUAUCUCCAUGUUCUUAUACAUCCUAGAAGAACUAAUCAAAGCUCCCCAUAUAGCUGCAGUGGGUUUGAUUGGCAUUUCUUCAAUGAAACUUUUAGCUUGAUAAAGAAGGCCAGCUCGACCGAAAAGAUCAACAAUUGUCACAUAAUGUGAGAUUUUCGGUUCAAUAUUGUACUUUUUCAUUAAUCCAAAAUAAUUUUUACCCUCAUCCAAAAGCCCAGCACGGAUACAAGCAGUAAGAACACUCAGGAAUGUGAUGUCAUUGGGUUCAAUCCUAAUCCUCAACAUUUCUUUGAACUGUUGCACAGUUUCUUUUCCAAACCUAAGCUGGGCAUACCCUAUAAGCAUCGAAUUGAAAGAAACCACAUCAAUCUUGAGCAAUCGAUUGAAAACCUUUCUUGCAUCCUGAAUGCUGCCUGACUUUGCAUAUAUGUGAAGAAGAGUGUUCCCCAGGCUGAGCGAGCAGCAGCUUGAUGCCGCAAAUGAGGGAGGUUCUGACCACCUACUCAAUGGUGUUUCUGCGAAGGAAUUGGUAGGCACACAGCGAAUCCGUCUCCGACGCACUUUUUCUCAAACUCAUCUCUGCUAAUUUGAGUCCCAAACAACAGUAGGGUUUGAAUUCAAUUCAUUUUUUGUGGAAUCCAAACAACAGUACGAGGUGAUGAUCCAAUGUAACAAUCCUUUUAUGCUUUCCUCUUCAAUUCGUGACUUCAAAUCACUGCUCAUGUGCCCCUUUAAACUCAUAGAAUGGCGUUUGAAUACCAUUCGAACCCUUUGGCAAUCUUCAUCAGCAGCAACUACUUUUUCCGAUUCACAUUGUGACAGAUUGGACGAUUUGUGUGUCAUUGAUGACAGGGACCUUCUUCUUCCAAGUCAGAAUUCCGAAACUGGUCUCCAUGUUCUGGAUCUUAUUGGCAGCGGCUCGCUUGAGCCGAACCGAUCCAUGUACAAUGCAAUGCUAAAGAGAUGCACCCAGUUCGGGAAGCUUAGAGAAGGAAGAUUGGUGCAUUCACACAUCCUUAAUUCUAAGCUCAGGGAUGACCUUGCUAUUCAAAAUUCUGUUCUUUUCAUGUAUGCAAGGUGUGGCAGUUUGGAAGAGGCUCGCCGAGUGUUCGACGAAAUGCCGUCCAAAGACAUGGUUACUUGGACAUCCAUGAUUACCGGGUAUUCCCAGAAUGAAUGCGCCCAACAUGCACUUGCUUUGUUUCCUCAGAUGCUACAAUUUGGGUCCAAACCAAAUGAAUUCACGUUAUCCAGCUUGGUGAAAUCUUGUGGAUUUAUAUCCAGCUAUAAGGAUGGGCAGCAAAUUCAUGCAUGUUGUCUGAAGUAUGGAUUCCACUCAAAUGUUUUUGUGGGCAGUUCGAUUGUAGACAUGUAUGCUAGGUGUGGAUACUUGAGCGAAGCACGAUUGGCAUUUGACAAGCUGGAAAAUAAGAAUGAGGUUUCAUGGAAUGCUUUGAUAACUGGAUAUGCUAGGAAGGGUGAAUUAGAGGAUGCGUUGGCUCUGUUUAUUAGGAUGCAGAGGGAAGGUUAUAAACCAACAGAAUUUACAUAUUCAUCCCUUAUAUGUGCUUCUUCGAGUAUAGGAUCUUUGGAGCAAGGUAAAUGGCUUCAUGCACUUACAAUAAAAUGGGGCAAAAAAUUAACUGGUUACGUGGGCAACACUCUUCUUCACAUGUAUGCAAAGUCAGGUAGCAUUCAGGAUGCAAGAAAGGUUUUCAAUCGAUUGCUCAAGAUUGAUGUGGUUUCUUUCAAUUCGAUGCUUAUAGGGUAUGCCCAGCAUGGGUUUGGAAAAGAAGCUGUGCAACAGUUCGAAGAAAUGUUGAGGAUUGGGAUUGAACCCAAUGACAUCACAUUCCUAAGUGUUCUUACUGCUUGUAGCCGUGCUGGGCUUUUGGAUGAGGGUAAAAAUUAUUUUGGAUUAAUGAAAAAGUACAAUAUUGAACCGAAAAUCUCACAUUAUGUGACAAUUGUUGAUCUUUUUGGUCGAGCUGGCCUUCUUUAUCAAGCUAAAAGUUUCAUUGAAGAAAUGCCAAUCGAACCCACUGCAGCUAUAUGGGGAGCUCUGCUUGGUGCUUCUAGGAUGUAUAAGAACAUGGAGAUAGGUGUUUAUGCUGCUGAACAAAUAUUUGAGAUUGAACCUUCUUAUUCAGGGACACAUAUAUUGCUUGCCAAUAUGUAUGCCUCUGCAGGUAGGUGGAAGGAUGUUGCAAAAGUUAGAAAGGUAAUGAAAGACAGUGGCUUGAAGAAGGAGCCUGCAUGUAGUUGGGUUGAGAUUCAGAAUUCUGUCCAUGUAUUUGUUGCAAAUGACUUUGCAAAUCCACAAAAUGAGAAGGUCCUUAAAAUGUGGGAGAAGCUAAAUCAUGAAAUUAAGGCAAUUGGCUAUGUUCCAGACACUAGUCAUGUGCUUCUGUGUGUAGAUCAACAAGAGAAGGAAGUAAGUAUACAAUAUCACAGUGAGAAGUUGGCUCUCGCAUUUGCACUUCUAAAUACUUCUCCUGGAUCCACCAUACGUAUCAUGAAGAAUAUCAGGGUUUGUGGUGAUUGCCACUCAGCAAUAAAAUAUGUGUCAUCAUUGGUGAAGAGGGAAAUCAUAGUGAGAGACACUAAUCGCUUCCACCACUUUCGUGAUGGCUCCUGUUCAUGUGGAGACUACUGGUAGUACCAAUUAUUAUCAACAAAUCAGGUAGAGUUUUGGAGGGUUACUGGUUGUUGUUCUCUAGUAUCUCUGAAUAUUGUCACUCAACUACUCUACUUGUGGUUUAGUUGAUUUUGUAACAUUUUUUUUUAAUUAUACAAUCUGGUUAUAGUAAAUAUAAGUGAUGAUCAUGAGUAAGUUACUUUCAAACUUGGUUAAAACAAAAAAUUGUGGGCUUGUGAGAUACACCUAGCUAUUUAUUUGAGGCUGAAUACGAUAUUGUAAAUUGAAUUCAUUUUAAUAUUUAUCAGUGAUGGAAGUGGAGAAUGGAAUUAGAGCGGUUGAGUAUUUGGCUUAGACUGUGAUAGGAGCUCCCCUGGCUUAAGUUCUGCGUUUAGAUUUUUUAACUCAUUCUCUUUUGAAAUGCUAGUCAGUUGGAAUUGUAGGUUGGAUCCUUUGCAUAGUUUGAUUGGUUAUGGUGGCAGAGUGGGAAGGUUAAUCUGAUGAUGACAGAUGAUACCAUGCCAGGGAUGACAUGAAAUGAACUGUUCAAGAUGAUUGAGCUGGAUAAGGAUGCACUUUGGCUCCCUUUGUGUUAAUUUCACCAGCAAGGAUUCUAGGGGCGAUCAUGUUAAUCAGGAAGGGAAAAAAAAGUCUUUACCUGAACUGAUAGUGGUUUUAUUAGCAGGUUCUUGGAAGGAGGGAGCAGAGGUGUUUCUGACACUUCCAAUUGAAGCUAGUGCAGGUGUAAAGUGUAAGAUGCAUAAGGGCGUGUUUGUGAGUUUGAGAUCUGAGUGGGAGGGGAAGGGAAUGGAUUGAUGAGUAAAGUGAAGUAUCUUUUACUUCUCAGAUCAAACCUUCCGUUUUCCUUCUGUUCCCUCCAAGACCUCAACUCCAACACGCCCAAAUAGUUUCAUCACGAGAGAUGAAAAUGAUGGAAAAUCUUGGGAUCAGAUAUGUGUUAGUCCACCCUUUCAACUGUCAUCAUCAGGAUUUUCACCAUCACCUUGUCCUCCAAGAAGUCUACAUCGUGAUUGAGACAGAGUAGUGUCCUAAUUGUGCAUUUUUUUUUUUUUGCCACACCAGUGUUCAUGUCAAAUUAUAUGGUAUAUAUUGCGUAUCAAAAAUGCUGUGUACACAAAAAAUUAGUCACUAUGUUGUGUAUAAAUGCAUAUGUUUCGCACAUUUUCAGUGUGUAUUUUGCAUUAUUCUAUACGGGUUGUUGAUUUGCGAUUGAUGCUUUGUCAUUUGUGUAUAGCUUACAUAGUUGACUAUGUAUUUGUUCUACCCUCAAUCUAUUGUUGACAGUAUGAACUUGGAUCCAAAAGGGUAAUUAGUCCAUCACUAAUGUUGUGACCACUAUUGUUACUGCAAGUUUGCAACCACAUGAAGACCUCCUUUCUCUAUCUGGUUAUAAAAAUUAAUUCUUUUGGUCCUUGGAAUUAGACGAUACCAACUUACCCAUGCGUGGAUAAUGUUGGCAGACAAAAAUCAUGAAUACGAGAGUACCAAUUAUAUAUAAAACUACAAUCAUGUUAAAUGUACUUAAA